AUGGGUUCCCUGCCGCGUGUCUCAGUGGUGAGCGGGGCUCGAACAGCUGUUCCAGCAGCGCCGUUGGUCACACACUUGCAACUUCUGCGCAUGCAUGACAGAACUGCGCUAAUUUAUUCAGAUGAAACAUGCAAUGUGCGCGUGAGCUAUGCAGAACUAGAAGAGAGAAGCAACGCCAUGGGCAGAGCUAUAGCCGCAUAUGCGAGACCAGUUGGCCCCAACAGGGAUAAUGACUAUGUUAUAGCUGUCUGCAUGCAGCCCACACAUAACACAAUAUUAACCCUUCUAUCGACGUGGAAGGCUGGAGCUGCCUACGUGCCCAUGGAACCAAGUUUUCCUCAAGCGAGGAUCAGUCACAUCUUGAAGGACGCUCAGCCGUCACUCAUAAUUUAUGACGAUACUGCUAAUCCAUCAAUGUUUGCAAAUAGUGGAGUACCGUCGAUUUCUUUUGAGGAAUUGACACUAGACGCCAGUUCAUUACCAGCCGACAGGCUAACAGAUAGAGAGAUGUUGGCGACAGCUACCGUUGACAGCAUUGCUAUAGUGUUGUAUACUUCUGGAAGUACUGGAAUACCCAAAGGUGUCCGUCUACCGUAUUCCGCGAUUUGCAAUCGCCUGUGGUGGCAGUUCCGUUCUUUUCCGUAUUCCGACACAGAAAGCGUUUGUGUUUGGAAGACUGCACUGACGUUUGUGGACUCAGUUUGCGAGAUUUGGGGUCCUCUUUUGCAUGGAAGGACUUUGUUGAUAGUACCUAAAGAAAUCACGCGUGACCCGCAGAAGUUGGUGCGGGCCUUGGAUGAUAAUCGAGUGGAACGCUUGGUUCUAGUACCUACUCUACUUCAAUCGAUUCUCAUGUACCUCUCCUUGAGCUCAGAACAUUCAUUAAAACAUUUGAAACUGUGGGUGUGUUCUGGGGAGACGUUAAGCAAGGAUUUAGCAGCCAGGUUUUUCCAGCAUUUUGGAGAUGGUUAUAGGCUCGCUAAUUUCUAUGGAAGUACUGAGGUUAUGGGAGAUGUGACCUACUUUGUCAUUGAAAGUAGUGCUCAGUUGGAGAUGUUUCCUACUAUACCGAUCGGUGCACCUCUUGACAACAGCGCCGUAUACCUUUUGGACGAGGAAAUGAACCCGUCCCGUGAAUCAGAGCCUGGUGAGGUCUGGGUGGCUGGACAGAACUUGGCCAAGGGAUACGUGGGUGGACAGGCACCUGAAAAGUUCUGUGAUAACCCUCAUGCUGCUCAUCCAGACUUCAGUCGCCUUUAUCGUACCGGCGACUUCGGUAUCCUCUACAAGGGAAUGAUACUGUUUGCUGGUAGAACAGACUCGCAAGUGAAGAUCAGGGGCCAUCGCGUGGACUUACAGGAAGUCGAAAGAGCUGUCACGGGCGUACAAGGUGUCGAUAAAGGUAUUGUUUUAUGCUACGGUCUGGAUCGGGGAAACCCAGAGAUCCUGGCAUUUGUUACCAUCAACCCGAAUGCAAGAUUAAAUGGAAACCACAUCGAGAAUGCUUUAAAGGAUGCACUUACCAAUUAUAUGUUACCACAGGUGUUCGUUAUUGACAGCGUACCAUUGCUAGUAAAUGGUAAAGUCGACCGACAAGCACUGCUUAAGAUGUAUGAAAACACUAAUAAUAAUGAUGACACAGUUAUAAACCUGGACAUAGACUAUUCAGGAGUUCGUCCUGAAGAAAGAACUAAAGCUCAGAUCCUAUUUGAGACAGUGGGAGAGGUUUUAGGUCGUGCUACGAGAGGUGCUAUAUCACUUAGAGCUGGCUUUUACGAGCUGGGAGGGAAUUCUCUUAACUCCAUCUAUACUAUUACUAGGCUGAGGGAUAGAGGAUAUUUUAUUGAAAUUAGUGAUUUCAUCGGAGCAUCGAACCUGGGCGAAGUAUUGCAGCACUUAACAACAAACCCAGAUAGUGGUAGAGAUGAAAACCCAAAGUUUACUGUAGUACCAAUGAGUGAUUCUUACCGAGAGGAUGUUAUAGAGAUGAUAGUAUCGUCGUUUUAUAAGAAAGCCGAGUUGGAGCAGUUCUUACUUCAUGAAAUAAACACAAGGGAUUAUGCACACUGUGUGUCGGCGUGUUGGGAACCAUUACUGGAGGCUGGACUCAGCGUUGUAUUGGAAGAUUCUUCCGGCAGUCCAGUAGCAGUGGCAUUAAACUUUGAUGCUAGAGCUGAACCAGACAUAGAACUCGUUGGAGGUCUGGCGAAGAUCAUGACAUUCUUGGAGUAUGUGGAAAGUUCAGUCAGAGAUACAAUGUUACCGGAGGGCAAGGGUGCUAUCCUUCAUUCCUUCAUGAUGGCCACAGCAUCGAGUCUUUCAGGCGCAGACAACGUAGCAGCAAUUCAAGCUUUAGAAGUAGCCACAAUGAAAAUCGCAAGGGAAAGACGGUUUCUUGGGAUUUUCACUACGAACACAAGUCCUCUGACACAGCAACUUGGAACAGAUGUUCUAGGCUUCCAAACGCUUUUGGACUAUCAAAUUAACCAGUAUGUGGAUUCAAAUGGAGACAGAAUAUUCGGCGAAGCCCCUGAUGAUAUGAGAGCUAUUGUUUGCUGGAAGCCAGUAGAUUAA